GAGAUUACGGACGACGUCAUCCCUGCCUUCGGGCGGAAAAGUUCGUGAGUGCUCACUACAGCCCCACAGCUGCGGAGGCGUUCCAGUCCACUGCCGCGGCAGAAGCGAAUCGGUGAACUUCCGCUGCAGCUAAGACUGUCGAUAUAAUGGCUGAGGAAGUGAACGUAGCCUUGCAAAACAUAUCGCAGGCAAAUAAUGUCUUUACUUUCGACAUGUAUAAGGUUUUGGCAGCAGAGCCGGGAAACCUGUUCUUCUCUCCUAUCAGUAUACAGGUAAUUCUCGCGCUGACAUUUCUUGGAGCCAAAGGCAAUACUGCCAAAGAGAUUGCCAGAGGACUGCGCCUACCAGAGGAUAGCGCUGUCGUUGAGGAUGGUGUUGGGGCUGUAAUGAACAGAUUACAGGACAGUAACGACGUGCUGCUUGACAUAGCCAACAGGAUAUUUCUGAAAGAGGGUUAUGGCAUCAAAGAAGGGUUUAAUCAGUCAGCAAUUAGGUUCAAGGCUGGAGUAGAAGAAGUUGAUUUCCUACAAGAACCACAAGCAAGAAAAAUAAUAAAUGACUGGGUCGAGUCGAAGACGAAUAAUAAGAUAAAAGACAUAAUUCCACCAGAUGUCUUGAACAACGAUACUCGGAUGGUACUGGUCAACGCUAUCUACUUCAAGGGCGAGUGGUUGAAAAAGUUUGAGAAGCGUGACACGUAUCCUUUACCCUUCCGCUCAGCUGUAGGAUCAGCGAAGAACGUAGAUAUGAUGUUCCAAGUGGAAGAAUUCAAGUACACAGAGAUAAGUGAUUUAAACUGUCAAGUCCUUCUACUUCCUUAUAAGGGAGAGAGACUCAGCAUGAUGAUUUUUCUGCCCAGAGAAGUAGAUGGCUUGGCAAGCCUUGAAGAGAAACUUGCCAGCUUCAGUCUCCAAGACACUGUCAACAACAUGUAUGAGACAAGUGUGCACUUGUAUUUACCUAAAUUCAAAAUGGAAUACUCAAAACAACUUAACGACGCACUAACGAGACUUGGAAUGAUUGAUAUGUUUGAUGACUACGCCGCAAAUUUCACUGGAAUUACUGACGAAGAGCGACUUAAGGUGGACAAGGUCCUGCACAAAGCUUUCGUUGAAGUCAACGAGAAGGGAACGGAAGCUGCUGCUUCUACUGUGUUGGUUGCCGUUUCAGCCUCCCUUCAAAUUGGGGGGCCACAACCCAUCAUCUUUAAAGCAGAUCACCCCUUCGUGUUCCUCAUACUGGACCAGCAGACAAAAAUUGUGCUGUUCGCGGGACGUUACGUGGACCCUCCAUCCACAUCCUGAUGUGAACGUGUUGUCUACCCUAAGGUCUGCAGCACUUCGGACAUGCAUACUGCACAGUGCCCAAAUAACUUAAAAUUCCGCAUAGUACUGUAAAAAUUUAUUUUCUCUAUUUGGAAUAAAUACUGAGACAGACCAUGUUUCUAAGUUUUCAUUGUUGUUUGUAGUUUUAUAAUUAUUUUAAACGUUGCCUCUUGACUACACAGAUCUACACUGAA